UUCAUCAGUCUUGCCAUCAAGACAGAUAUACAUUGAGCAGCUACGGAUCAGUACCAGUGAACUGUUGGUCAGUAUGCACACCACGUCACAGUUACCUGAGGAUCUAGCAGCCAUUAAAAAGAGUCUUGGUUUUCCUCUGGUCCAGUUUGAGUCUCCUAUCAUACUUGAGGGAUUUAAUAAGUCGCACAUGUUGGGUAGACCUGUAGUGUUUGUGGAUUCCAUUACUAAACAUUAUAAGAAAGUUAUGAAAGGUCAAGCUGUCAUGAUAUUAGGAUCAGUUGAUUUCUUGGGCAAUCCUGUUGGUCUCAUCAGUGAUGUGGCAUCAGGUCUUCAUGGUAUAAUGACAGCACAGCCAGAUGUUGUUGGGUUAGUCCGUGAUGUUACUCACGGGAUGAGUGACACAACUUCAAAACUAACUGGGACUGUAUCUCAUGUCCUUGGUACUGCUACUGGUGACUCCAGCUUCCAAGAAGAGAGGGAGCAGAAUCUUGAGAGCUGUCAGACCAGCGGGGAUCACUUUAAAGCCGGUUUGAUAAACCUGACCAGUGGGAUAUUUGGAGGGAUGACUUCAAUCCUAACACAACCUUACAAAGGAGCAGUUGAGGAAGGAGUGGGAGGUUUUAUAUGGGGUAUUGGUAAAGGUGUUGUUGGCACUGUUGCUAAACCUGUUGCUGGUUUACUUGAUUUUGCCUCUGGGACAACAGCUGCUCUCCGAGAAACCAUGAGUCGCGUCUCACGCCAAAUGCCGCAGCCAAUCAGAUUGCGUCGUGCCUGCACUGGGGCCAGUGGGAGUGGAUUGAUAGUGUACUCUAUUCAACUAGCAAGAGGACAAGAAUAUUUACUGAGCCUUAACGACGGGAACAUACAGGAAAAAUUAAUUGCAUAUGAGAGGUUUAAUAAUGGAUCAGUAUCUAAUGAAAUGAGAGUCAUCAUUUCAUCACAGAACCUGUACUUCUUUGAGACCAGCCCACCCGAUCUCUCAUCCCUAGACUCACUCAUCAAGCUAGAGCUGCUAGCUGAGUGUAGAGCAACUACUGCUAAAACAACUAUUCCAACUGUAUUGUUGGUACUGUCAGUGAGAGAGAAAGAGGAAGGAGGAGGAGACGGAUCAAUAAUCACAACCAAGAAGUAUAAAUGCAUGAAUGAGUCAAAUGCAAGAAAGAUUGCACAGUUGAUAAACUAUGCUAAGAAUUUACACGAUGAAGAAAAGAUGGUAAUAAGAACACCAAGAUUACAAAACCAAACAAUUUGGUAGUAGCAAAAACAAUAUUAAGUUAUUUAUUUAAUUUAUAAACAUCGAAUAUUGUAAUACAGUACAUUACACAUCAACUUAAUAAAAGAUUUUUAUACUCAAGAUUAUUACAAUAGCCAACUUAAUAUUAUUUGUCAAAUGAAUUAUUUGUAUAAAUUGAAACAAUUUAAUUUAAUCAUGGUUUUAUGAGGUAAUCAAAA